AUGGGAGCAUGUGUAGGCUCUGGAAGUAAUACAAAUAGAACAAACCAAUCAAGCAAUCAGCCUAGAAACCAAGCUCAAAACCAACUCCCGCCACGAGCAGCAGCAAAUCCUCCAAAUCAGCAGCCUAUUUAUAGAAAUCCUCCACCUCCUCCACCUCCAGCAAAUAGAAAUGCUCCAAAAGGGCCAAUCCCAUUAACCAGUGUAGAAUCUCAAGAUAGGGUGCAUUUAGAAGUUUAUUUACGCAAAAAUUCUUUUGAAUUAGUUCCAGUCCCGCAGCAGGCCGGAAAUUUUUCAUUAACUUUCGAGUUUGAUUCGCUUUGUGUCUGCAUAAUCGACAUAUAUUAUUUUGCAGUUGAGAAUUUGGAUCAAUUAUGCAUUUUCCCUUUAUUUUGCCUAAAAUUGAAAAAUUUAAAUAAAAUUAUAAUUUUUAGUGGGCAAAAUAAAGCAAAAAAAUAUAGGCAAAAAUACAUUAAACUUUUCAGUAGACACCAAAAUGUUCCCUAUUCCUCAAUCAUAUCGCUUUAAUGCUGGAAUGAAACAAAAAUUCCCACCAAAUGUAUCUUUAAUCAUCCCUUCAAAAUACCCACCUGAUUUAUUGCAAUUUAAAAACAAAAUCCAUAUCCCAAUUGUUGUAAAUAUUAGAAAUGAGGAUAAAACUAAUAUGCAGACACAGACUUGCUUUUUGGCUAUUGAAAAUGAAGGGGGAAACUAUAAAUUGUCGAUUCUUAAACAGAAAAUUAGCAUAAGGCAAAAAUGGUUUAUUUUGAAUGAAAUUUACAAUUUAGAAAAAAGUGAAGGAGAAUGUGUGAUUUGUUUAGGAGAUAAAUGCACAGUUACAGCAUUGCCCUGCAAACAUUGCUGCUUGUGCGUCAUUUGCUCUGAAAUGAUAAGAAAUGAUCCACAGAUGAAGUGCCCAGUAUGCAGAGCAAAAGUGGAGAAAUUUGUAAACAUUGAGUUUAAUGAAUAA